UAUUGAUGAAAAUUUUACCAGCCUUUGUUAUUAUCUUACUUCUAGCAAUCACCGCUAAUGCCAGAUUCACCAACGAUAAUGAGGUAGAAGAGUUUGUAGAGGAAUUUUCCGAAACAGGGCGAAACUUCUGGAACGGAUUCUUGAACCAGUUCCAUUAUACUCAGUCCCACCUUCUUCAUGAUGACUGUCUUGGCAAAGACUUUAAAGAAGCCUUGAUCAACUUUAUUACCGAUAUCCUAGAGGAAGAAGACGAUCUAAUUCUAAUCAUAAAAAUCUUUGAAAGAAUAGGUAAAAUGCAUGAAUCUUCAUACCACACUUGUGAAAUUCCAACCUUAGUUGAAGAAAUCUCAACAGAAUGCUCCAAGCAUGGUUGAGGAAUCUUCAAUUUUCUUCACAGAGCUGAAAGGAACAUGUCAUCUCUACUAGAAUUAUAUGCUGACAUACAGGAAAGAAUUCAUCAAGCUUAUGAAUCCGAGUCUGAUCUCUACCAAGCCUUCUAUGAGAUAGGUGUAGACUAUGCAGAUGCUGCCCAUAUUGUACUUGGUAUGGACAAGUAUGACUAA